CCCAGCCCCGCCGGCGCCUGGACCGGAGAGGGCUGGAGCCACGGGGGCGGGGCCUCGGACGCACGCUCCCUCCCUCCCAGCCCGCCUUCCCGCCCCCCCGCCACGCGCCGGUCGCCGGCACGCGGGCCGCCCGUUGCCCUAGCAACCGUCGUGCCGCGUCUUCCUGAGGGAGCUCUGUCAGCCCGAGGAUCCGGUCGCCCGCUCCCCACUGCCCCGCGAUUUUCGCGUGGGCUUAGAGGCGGAGGGACAACAAAAAAUGGCGGAGCGGAGCCAGACGGCGCCUGAGGCAGGCAAUGAUAUGGGAAAUGAAGAUGCUAUCGGAGGGAAUGUGAGCAAAUAUACGGUGCUUCCAUCUGGAUACUGUGGACAGCCCAAGAAAGGACAUCUUAUCUUUGAUGCUUGUUUUGAAAGUGGUAACCUUGGACGGGUGGACCAGGUCUCUGAGUUUGAGUAUGACUUGUUCAUUAGGCCGGAUACCUGUAAUCCACGCUUCCGAGUCUGGUUCAACUUUACUGUUGAAAACGUGAAAGAAUCACAGAGAGUCAUCUUCAACAUUGUUAACUUCAGUAAAACCAAGAGCCUUUAUAGAGAUGGAAUGGCUCCUAUGGUGAAAUCUACUAGCAGACCCAAAUGGCAAAGGCUGCCACCUAAAAAUGUUUACUACUACCGGUGUCCGGACCAUAGGAAGAAUUAUGUGAUGUCCUUUGCAUUUUGUUUUGACCGAGAAGAAGAUAUUUACCAAUUUGCUUACUGCUACCCAUAUACAUACACACGCUUUCAGCAUUACCUUGACAGCCUGCAAAAGAGAAACAUGGAUUACUUCUUUCGGGAGCAGCUGGGUCAGAGCGUGCAACAGCGGCAGCUUGACCUCCUGACAAUCACCAGCCCUGACAACCUUCGGGAAGGGGCAGAGCAGAAGGUGGUAUUCAUCACGGGACGAGUCCACCCAGGGGAAACACCCUCUUCAUUUGUGUGCCAAGGGAUCAUUGACUUCCUCAUAAGCCAGCACCCUAUUGCCCGUGUCCUCCGGGAACACCUGGUCUUCAAGAUUGCACCAAUGCUCAACCCAGAUGGAGUCUACUUAGGCAAUUACAGGUGCUCUCUAAUGGGGUUUGACCUGAACCGUCACUGGCUGGAUCCCUCUCCGUGGGCCCACCCUACCCUGCAUGGAGUGAAACAGCUCAUCAUCCAGAUGUACAAUGACCCAAAAACAAGCCUGGAGUUUUAUAUUGACAUACACGCCCACUCCACCAUGAUGAAUGGCUUCAUGUAUGGCAACAUCUUUGAGGAUGAGGAACGGUUCCAGAGGCAGGCCAUUUUCCCCAAGCUCCUCUGCCAGAAUGCUGAAGACUUCUCCUAUUCCAGCACAUCCUUUAACCGGGAUGCUGUCAAAGCAGGAACUGGCCGUCGCUUCCUUGGUGGGCUACUGGACCAUACUUCCUAUUGCUACACCCUCGAAGUCUCCUUCUACAGCUACAUCAUCGGGGGCACUACAGCUGCUGUGCCCUACACUGAAGAAGCCUAUAUGAAGCUGGGACGGAAUGUGGCAAGAACAUUUUUGGAUUAUUAUCGGCUGAACCCCCUGGUCGAGAAAGUGGCAAUUCCCAUGCCGAGGCUGCGGAAAGAAAAGCCCCCUCCCUACAAGUACCCACUCACGCGGGGCCCAGCCAGGAACCACCCCAACGGCAAAGGGGACAAGAAGAGCUCAGUGAACCACAAAGACCCUUCAAACUCUUUUUAAGGACAUGGAGUCCAGGGAGGUCUUGUGGAGGCGGGAGCAUGCAUUUUCUGCUGGGGCAUGAAAUUAAUCACCCUUCUCUAGUUUCCAAAAUAAGGGGUGUGUGAUAAUGAAUAAGCUAGGGAAAGGGAAGGAAAAUAUGAGAAAUUUCAUCAUCAGUUUUCCCUUUUACCAAUGGAAAAUCAAUUGUGGGACUUCAGCAUAAGGUUCAGGAACAAAACAGGAGGCUCAAACCACUCAAAUACAGAUGCUAUUUUCCACAACACAGAGAUCCUCACAGGAAGAGGAAAAGCUACACACCCCUUUUGAGAGGUUUGUCACAUCUCAGGUCAGUGCUUUUGAAGCCCCUUUACCUUUUAAAGUUGUAGAGCUACUUUGGGACUAGGUGACGGUUGUUUACAGUUUUAGAAGUGCACUGUCCGUGCUCACUGAUCCAAAACACCAUCAACAACACAUACAACCCAAAGACGAAUGUACUGCUGGGAACGAUGGGACAGAAUUUUUGAAAUCGCAGCAGUCUGGGGCAUAUUGUCACUGUGCCUAUCAGCUGCAUGCAUCUCCCAGUGACCUGGGGAGCUUAACUGAAACCUUAGCUCCAAAGACAAAAAGUAUUGGUCACUGCUUCCAAAAGGUCUAUCAUGGUUCACAUCGCCAGAUUCCAGUGUCACACCUGGCCACUGAAGACGUGGGCAUGGAUACUCUGCGAUGGGGGGAGGCUGGUCGCCAGGUAAAGGAGAUGUAGAAGGCAAGAGAAUGCCUCCCCCCCCCGCCCCCGCCAAGGCAAGGGGAUGAUAAAAUAAAUCAGCAGCAGUAGCAAUUCCCAAGGUGGGAAAGCUAAAUCUUGUGCAUUUUUCUAAAGAGUAAAGUGCCUUUGUAUGAUGAAUGGGUCCAGGGGAGUCUGCUCCCUUCCUGUCUGUGAAGCAGCAGGCUGAGUCACCAUGACAGCCUGCUAAUUAAAAUGACCUCCCGGAAAUGAGGAUUUGGAGAUAGGGAGAGGAAGGGAGGCUCAAGGGAGAUAGGGCCUUUAGCACAAAGCUCCAGUUAAGCAUUCUUUUGCUUUGGGUUGGAGAGUUUUAAAGUUUGUUGCAAAAAUGGAAAGCAAAGCUUAUUCUCUCUUUGCUUAUUGGUUUUCAGAAAUGAUAACAAAGAACCACAUGUUAGUUGGCUACAAAUGUUGUGUUGUAUAUACAGCUUCUCCUCUGGGUUCUUAUUAUCCAGAGGGACACAAAUAAAGUGGUUUAUGCAGCUCU